GCACGAGUUUUCGCAACAUCCGUCUAACCCGGAAGUAAUUCGUCUGUUGCUCUGCUCUUGAUGUGUAUGUGUCGAAGUAGUUUUUAAUUCAUAGCUUGAAUGUUUUUAAAGCAUGAAAUGGCGUGGAAAACCCAAGGCUCCUCUCUUCCUCCAGCCUCGUUAAACCUCCUCGUCCCUCCAGUGAGACUUAUAUCUGCGUUUAUGUGGCAAGUAGUCCAGCAGCUCAAUGUGCUGCAGUAUGAUAAGCUGGUGGACUUCAUCACUUUAUCUACAGAGAUGGUCCCAGAGCUGCUGAGUCCCUGUCAGAGAGCUCAGCUCAUCCUGGGCCUGAGAGCACGGCUGGUCCUGGAACUGUGUCGUGGUGAUGGUAUCGCCAACCUGCAGGCCAUCCAGAGCCACCUGGAUAAAAUCCACGCCUGUGGCUCUGAGCUGAGCUCCACUGGUGAGAUGGAAAAUGGGGAUAUACUGAAGAUUUCAUACACCAACUUUGCCAACCUGGUGCAGAACCUUUUGAAUGUUCCAUUUGAAAAAGAUUAUUUCUUCAGAGAGGUUUUUCCUGCAAACUAUGGCUCUAACUAUGACCAAAGACUGCAGCAGCUGGUGUCUGAGUUCUUGUCCAGACUAGAGCAGCUGCUGCCCAUACCCGACCUGCAGCAGACGGCAGCAUGGCUCACAGAGGCAGAGUGUGUGACAGAGGAAUUUGGAAAGCAUCUGUGUGAACCAUUUGCUGUGAAGACUCUGCUGCGUCAUCACAGACAGUUGGGAACUCUCAGCUCUACUCCCUCCAGCAUUGAGGAAGAUAACCUCCUGUCCACUCUGGCCCUCCCUGUGCAGACGGCAGUGGAGGGGUUAAUUCAGCCUUAUAAUGAGGAGGACGAUGAUUACGGCGAUGGGGAACAGGCGCUGGCACUGGAAGAUUUGGAGGAAGACUCAAAUCAGGAUAUUGUAGCAGAUGAAUGGUUGCCAAAAAGAGGACCAGGUCGUCCGGCACGGUUAUUCAUCUGCUCUCAGUGUUCGUUCACUCACCGCACAAAGAGGAAGGUCAAGGAGCACAUCCAGAGUGAGCACCACGAAACAGCUCCUGUUCUGAAAAGACUCUCAGUGAAAGACAGAGUAAGGACUCAGCAGAAAAGUAAAGACUCCAACUCUGAAAAGAAGAAGGAGGGAGGCGACUCAGAUAAAAGAAAGAAACAGAGAGAUUGUGUGGAAAGAAAGCGGGAAAGGAAGAGGAAGAAGGACAACUUGGAAAACAAGGAACAACAUAGACGGAAAGAGCCUUCAGAGGAGGAUCGAAGGUUUCUGAACAGGAGAGUCGUGAACAAAAGCUUCACAGAGGAAGAAACCAAAUGCCCAAAGUGUGACAAGAUUUUUGAACUUCCAAAUCAACUGAAGACUCACAUGAAGCUCCACAACCUGAAGCACUUCUGCGGCCAGUGUGAGAGGGGAUUCACCAGCUCGUCAGGUUACUAUCAGCACCAGAGACUCCACAAGAAAGGACGAUUAUUCAGCUGCAGCCAGUGCAACAAGGGAUUCCUGUGCAAUUACUCGCUGAAGCAGCACGAACGCCUGCAUGAAGGUCCAACCAACCUGUGUGGGAUCUGUGGGAAAAGCCUCAGCAAAGCAGGCUUCAAGAGACACAUGCAGGUGCACAAAGGGGAGAAGACUCACUUGUGCACCACGUGUGGAAGGUCGUUUUUUUCAUCUGGGGAGCUGCUGCUGCACACUCGGUCUCACACAGGUGAGUUGCCUUACACCUGCAUGCACUGCGGGAAAGGCUUCUCCACCAAAAGUCACCUGAUUAUUCACAACCGCUCUCACACGGGGGAGCGGCCAUACCUGUGCGCAGAGUGUCCCAAGCGCUUCCUCACUCUGAACUGCCUGAAGAGACACUUGCUCAGCCACAACGGGGUCAAACCGUUUAAAUGUUCGAACUGUGAGAAGGAGUUCUCCCAGCAGGGGAAUCUGAAAAGACACAUGGCAACUCAUAAACCUGACGUGAUGUGAAACUUUCAUUAUUGAGAGAGAAAAAAAUGAUUAUAUUGUGGGUCAAGUUCCUUCUUAAAAGCUUUGUACAAUAAAGAAACAAUGACCAAA